GUAUGAAACUGUAUUGUCUUUCGUAGUUGCCUCAAGGUAACGUAAUCUGCCUUGCGUCGACUCUUCCGACUUUACCUAUUCAUGGCCUUUUCUCUUAUGAUUCACGAUGAUUCUCCGAACCUCCGUCAUAGAGUAACACAAUCAACAACAUAGCGAUAUUCUCGUCUCGUCUAGUAUUUUUCCGUAAUUACAGCAUACAUCAAAUCGUCUUGGAUGUAAAUGAUCCUCCCCCGCCGCAUUGGGAAUACCUCCUCUCCAUACUAGGCGUAGCCGUACUUCCGCUUAUCCUCUCACAUCGUAACUCGAACUAAACGCAAAGAUGUCCUCCAAAAAGUCAACCUCCAGCAGGACAUCAAGACAAUCCCAUCGAUCAACACUGUCGCUAUCAAGAACCGAAAUUGUGAUCAAUGUCUAUGAUCUGUUACCUCCUAGCCGUCUCUCUUCCGUCCUUUGGACAGUUGGUGCCUCGUUACUACAUUCAGGCGUCGUGAUAAACGGGAAAGAGUAUGCUUACGGUGGUCAUGAUCGACCUGGGUUGACGGGUGUGUAUUGGACACCACCCAAGACAGAACCACCUGGAGGUACUUUUAAGACCGAAAUUCUACACGGUUUCUCGUUUGCGACUCAGGCCGAAAUUGACACCAUUAUUCGCCAUGUCUCCGACGAAUUUCAAGGUGCAUCCUAUAAUCUACUCACCCGAAACUGCAAUCACUUUACCAGCUACCUCUGCAAGAAGCUUACUGGUAGGCCUGGCCCCGGAUGGCUUAAUCGCGCUGCAACCAUUGGCGUUGCUUUUCCGUGUAUCGUCCCUCGAGACUGGAUCGAACCGCCUGAUUUCGAGACGGCAGAUGGUGCGCUGCUAGACGAAGAGGGUCUCAACGACCAUGAGAGAACCAGGAUGCUUAGGGACGAUAGUUCUAGGAUACUAGCAAUACAAGAGAGCGAUGACGACGAAGAGCUCUCGAGCCGGGCCAGCGAGGAAGCACGCCAUUAUGAUAGGAGUGGUAAAGGAAAAAGUCGAGCUAAGGACACAAGCGGACGAACAUUACCACCUGCUGAGAGAGCACCUUCGUCUGGUAGACCAAGUAUGUCUUAGGUGGAGAGACGAUUUGAUAACACUGGAUUACACUGUCUGCAUUAAGAGGCGUUGGCAACGAGUAUGAUAGCAAUUUGGCUGGGUGGCGUUACAUGAGGUUUGAUUGAUACCAAAGGCAUGCUCCGUCGUUAUGUAA